AUGUCUCCCGAGUCUUCCUCACUAUUUCCUGACCGGCCUAUUCGACCUCUUCCGAAACGUCGACUACGUGAAAGGCUUUCUCCAGAUGUCGCCGACAGCAUUCAAUACCCUCCCGCACCUCAAACUUCAGCGCCCUUGUUUGUCUACCCAUACAAUGCCAAGGAAGAUUUGGUGUCGUUAGGAGCUGAGCCUCCAGGUGUAGCACAUCGAGAGAACGCAGCUGAAUUAGGGCAAGAAACCGGUCUCCGUAGAAACGGCCUAGGUAAUGAAAACGACGGUAAUUCACUAAUUGGACAAGCUCGGAGAGCUUUCGUAUCACGACCCCUCCACGAUUCGUCGGGACAUGCGACUCGUGCCCCUCUACGACAGGGUCAAUCUCGACAACCAAAUCCGCAGCCACCACCUUCUACUGCAUCCUCCGCAGACGGUUACGAUUCCUUUGAGAACAGUAAUAAUAAGAAGAAGCGGAAGAUUCCAACAGCUGGUGAGACAAUUUUGAAUGGGACGCACGUGUUGAAUGAUCUUGGAGCGCUAGGAGUAUCGUCGCCCGUAGCAACAGGUGAUGAGGGAUCUUUAGAUAUCUCAGGAUCAGCUUCUACAGCUUAUUAUCAAUCCGGUGGUCUUGCAGCGGGCGGGCAAGGAAUUUCCGGUCCUGGCAGAGGUGGUGUACAAUAUUCAUCGCCGCCUGCAGGCGAGAAUUCCGGAAUUAUCUCCAGUGCUAUCGCCAGCGCAGAGAAGCUUCAGGUACCUCAAGGCCAAGAAAAUAUCAGUCUUUUACACCAAGAAACAUCUACGAAGUCUAGUCCAACGUCAUCAGCACAGUUUACUUUCACGUUUGAUUCCCAAAACCCUGUUUCCUGGCCUGGCUCUGAUCCAGCGCCGUCAAAUAUGGGACCCACAAAUCAUAUGAACCAGUCUCAUCCGGGCUCUCGAGACUCGUACAAUGGUCAUGGUGCUAGAUCUCAAAAUGGAUCAGGUCCUCCGCCGAACAGGCCAGGAAGUAUGCAGGGAGGAAUCAACACAGCAACCAACGAAGCAGGCAAAGGAGCAGCCCAGGGUAAUGUUCCACCGAAGAAAUCGAAGCGUCGCGGUAACUCCCUCUUGCAGGCAGCUAAACAACGCCGUAAAGAAACAGAAUUCCAGAAUUUCCACCACCCACCAGCACCAGAGGAUAUUUGGAUAUGCGAAUUCUGCGAGUACGAACGGAUCUUUGGCCGUCCACCUGAAGCCUUGAUUCGGCAGUACGAGAUCAAAGACCGUCGGCGACGCCGGGAAGAAGCAGAGCGGCGUAGGUUAUUGGAGAAGGCGAAAAUGAAGUCGCGCAAAGGCAAGAAGGCAGGCAAAAUGGCAGCGAAGAGUAACUCCAAUGCUCCUGAUCGCAAUCUCACUUCAACGUCAAGAGAAGUGUCUCCCUCGGAAAAAGGCUCAGAUAUUUCAAGAUCUCGCGACGUGUCUCCACUACAAGAGGAGAAUACAACGCCUCGCAAAAAGUCGGUCCGCGUUAGUUUCGAUGACCGUACUAUGGCCACAGUGGUUGGUGAAUCUGCAGGAGAUAUAGACGAGUCAUGCCCGCCAAGUCCACAGCAAACCAAGCGGCCUUGGUACAGUAAUAUCGGACGAAGCAAGAGGAAAGACUUUGCUCUCGAGGACGACGAAAUUAUGAAACCUCGGCCUGCGUUGCCAAGCUUCGGAAGUAUUAGGGAAAAAAAGCCAAGGGAACCCGAAGAACGACCUCUUGUACGCCCACAAGAAUUAGCUCAUUCAUCUGAUUUGCGCUCAUCCGCCCCAAACGCGCCUAGCAACUCUGGAACCCCUGAUGAGCUGCUGUUAGGGCAGUCAAGCGAUCAGGUUGUAGGGUCGAUUUUUGUUCGAGAACAAACCCCGCGAAACGCCCCAAAUAUCUCAAGGUUUAGGGAACCAUUGCCACCCGUUGUGACCUCGGUGGAAGGAAGUGGUUAUAUCUCAGACAGCAUCAAGAGCUCCGAUUCCGACGAUGAACUCCUUAAUAGCAUCGGAGGUGCGAGUGAUGCAGAAGAUUUUCCUAGCACACAGAUUACCCAACCAGAUACCCAAGAUAAUUCUCAAAGCAACUCAACCAUUCUUGAGAAAAGGCUUGUCAAAUCGGAGGCAAGUGUACCAAAUGCAAUUCAACUUCCGCCGCAUGAUAUUCCCGAAAUUGCUGUAAUACAACCCAGUCCAAAAGGUCCGGAGCAAGGCACGUCCGCUGCAAGCGUACUAGAAGAACCCUUCUUCGACGUCCCAGGUGGGUUCCCAGAUGAUGGAUCAGACAAAACACGUGAUAUUCAGCCUUCGCCGCAGAGUAUCAAUAGCAAAGCUAAUGGCGAUGCUUCCCCCUCACCUAUUUUCGAGCCAAAAGCAACGGUACACCCUAUCCAACCUGAUGUACUCCCUCAAACUACACUCACUACAACAGCUCUAUUAGACGCAGUGGAUAAUGAGUCUACAGACGACUCUGCAAGUAUUUACAGUGAUGCGUACGAAGAUCCCUGGAAUGCCGAGGGAGAUGGCUUCUUGUCUUUGAAUGCCGUUGUCGAGAAGCCUAUUGACAAAACCGCACCAUCCCAACUGUCAGAAUUACCUGGCGAUGCCCCACAAGGACCUCAUGAGAAAUAUCAACUCCCAGCUGAUAAGCAGUUUGGAGCCGCCGCCAACAUCUUGGAACCGGUACGUCACCAAGAUGAUUGGGAGCAGGCAAAAGCCUUUUGGCGUAGUUUAACAGCCGAGAAGAGGCUUCAGCUUGAGCGGGAGGCUAUGGAAGAGGCCGGAGCUGAAGGGGACGAGGACGAGAUUGAACGUCCUAUUCGAAAGAAUAGUGUUAAAAAGACAACUGCUCAACAACGAACAGCAACUGAAGCACAGCCUAGAUCGUCGACACAGCCUGAAGAUGUCUUUUCUGCCAACUCCACAAAACAUUCUGCAGUCAAGUCUAAAUCUAAAUCUACCCAAGAACCUCCUCAUCAACCAGCGAUAUCAUCGCGGAUGCGCAUGUCCCUGCGUGGAGAAAAGCCCGGACAGGCCUUAGAUGGUAUGCGAAAAACAAUGAGGUCUCACACCGGAGGACCAGCCAAGCAAUCUCAUCGCCAGACCACGCAGAAUGAGAAAUCCACGCCCGUCUAUACAAAGCCAAUUCGACAACAGGCACAACAACCUCCUCAAAAAUUACCUACUAAAAGAACAAACAGCUCUUUCCCUAGUGAUAAACCUCCUUUACAACGCCAUGGGUCUGAUGCUAGCGAUAGUAGCUUUAAGCGUAGCCGCGCCGCCCGUAACAGCGGAUUCAGCCUCCGCAGUUCUAUGCGUCCAUCAUCUGCUAAUCCAACUCAAGACAUAGCUAGAAGUUCCGGACGGUUCAGUCUACGAUCACUCUCGCCAACAGGCUCUUCAUUCCGGCAAAAUUCAGCUACUAAUGCUACGGAUGGAGCACCAACCCCUACGAUGCGGCGCACCCUACGAUCUAGUAGUGUGUCAAGUCAAGAAAGGAUCCUCCCAUCUAUCCAUUUUCCCUCGUUUGGUCGGUCGAAUAAGAACCCUACAACAAAGCGUUUCAAGAGAUCCAGUCGCUUCGGCGACUCGAGUGACGAAGACGAAGGUGAAAUUGCCGGCUUCCGCAGCCGCUUUGACGAUUCCAGUGACGAAGAAAGUGUUCGUCCCAGUACUUCAGCACAGGCAGGGCCUCUAUCAAGAGGUACUCUUAGAGGAUCUGCUACUGGCGCAGCUAGCUUUCGAAAAUCUACGCCUGUGCCAGAAGUAGACGAGGAUUCACCAACGCUACCCGACAGCGAUAAUGAGAUGCCCAGUCCUAUGCAGAGCCUGCGAAGUAAAGCCCCUAUCGGCGGUGCAGGUUUAACUCGUUCAAAUUCCGAAGCUCUGGGGACUGCGACACUAACACGAUCACGAUCCGGUCGUGGCGGGUUUGAUACUUCCGUAUCAGCCCCUACUACACCCAAUCGGGAAAGGCGAAGCUCCCUGAUGGGGAUAUUAAGACGCAACAAGCGAGCCGAUCCGGCAGGUAAAAUUCAACGUUCCGGGCUUGUGGAAAGCGCAGCUAGGCGCGAUACUAGAUUAGAGCGAAGUAGUGAGCAAUUAAGAGACCUUCGAAACGACAACUCUUCCAGCCUAAGGCUCCAGAAACGAUCUUCCGUUAAAAGGAACGACAGCUGGCCCUUGGGCGAGCCAUCUGGGAACGAGACUAUAAAACGAUCAAGCUCGGCCGGCAAUCUACUUGCUGGAAGCGGCACGGGGGGAGCCGCUCAGAGGCCCGAGCUGAACGAUAGACGAAGCACAAGCCUAGGACUUCCCACAGUAUACCAGAACGAACGAGAUGAGGUGAUUGUUGACGGUGUAGAACAUAAGAAAAAAAAGAAGUUCGGUGCACUGCGCCGGAUAUUCGGUCUAAACGACUAG